CGGACAUUCACUCGCACCUCGCAGCCAUAGAGAGGGAGCAGAAGGAGGUUACGUACGCGCCAGUUGUGUAGCGACGUCUGUGAGGCCUGCAGCCGGGAGCCUCGUCACACGCACCGGGAGGUCAGGUGAACUGCCUGUGUUUGAGACAAGUCUUCUCCGUCCCAGCACCCCGUUCGCUUUCCGCCAUUCACGAUGCCGGCGGCUGUGGUGGAUAAUAGCCAAGUGAUCUGUGAGGUAUGGGCCGUCAACCUGGAGGAGGAGAUGCGUAAGAUCAGAGAGAUGGUUCGUACGUAUGGAUACAUAGCAAUGGACACAGAAUUUCCCGGGGUGGUUGUAAGGCCUAUUGGCGAGUUUCGGAGCACGAUAGACUACCAGUACCAGCUGCUUCGCUGUAACGUGGACCUGCUGAAGAUCAUUCAGCUGGGGCUCACUUUCAUGAACGAAAAGGGAGAGUAUCCACCUGGGACCAACACGUGGCAAUUCAACUUCAAGUUUAACCUCACAGAGGACAUGUAUUCUCAGGACUCCAUCGAUCUGUUGGCGAAUUCCGGCCUUCAGUUCCAGAAGCACGAGGAGGAAGGCAUAGACACGUUGACGUUCGCCGAGCUGCUGAUGACCUCUGGAGUGGUUCUGUGCGAUAACGUCAAAUGGCUUUCUUUUCACAGUGGCUAUGAUUUUGGCUACAUGGUAAAACUCCUGACAGACUCUAGGCUACCCGAAGAAGAACACGAGUUCUUUCACAUUCUGAAUCUCUUUUUCCCAUCAAUCUAUGAUGUGAAGUAUCUUAUGAAGAGCUGCAAGAACCUCAAGGGAGGUCUGCAGGAGGUGGCAGAUCAACUGGAUCUGCAAAGGAUCGGUCGGCAGCACCAGGCGGGCUCGGACUCUCUGCUGACGGGCAUGGCUUUCUUCCGCAUGAAGGAGUUGUUUUUUGAGGACCACAUUGACGAUGCAAAGUACUGCGGCCGCCUCUAUGGACUCGGCACCGGAGUGGCCCCGAAGUCUAAUGAGGAGGCGGAGGAGAAAAUGAGCAUAAUGUCUCUUAUCAACAAUGGACAGCCAUGAAUUCCAAUCUUUCCGUCAUCAUUAACUCCUGUCCCCAGGCCAUGGCGUUUUCCUUAGUGUCCCAGUGGAUGGAACUGGGACUCUGACGGUUUCCUCUCAGCCACGCGAAGCCGGUCAUCAUUUCCCCAAAAACCAGGAGACGAACACCACAAAGCGAAUACACUGCCCUGAUAAAUCAGAAUUUUUCUUUUACUGCAAGGUGAUGCCCUCAUCGUUUUUGCCUUUGACCGUUUACGUGUGGAGGGUCGUGCGAGGAUCAUAGCUGCAUGGCUACAUAGGCUCUGUUGCUUUAAGACCCAGACAUGUAUUGUGGGGUAUCAUUGCCAUUUUAGAAGCAUGUAUGCCAUGAAUUGUGGAGAGCCCCGGCCUGGUUAGUGUUUGUCCCCAUCGUGUCCCUCUCUUCAACACAAGGCACCUUUUUAAUGGUGCUUUGUGUCGUUAUGGGCACGGGAUACGCGAUGCAGGACAGAUGAAGGCAUUUGUGGCAAAGCACCUGUACAUCAGGAGGAAAUGAAGAAUUGGGCAAAAGAACUUCCAAAGUGUUUCCAACGACAGCUCUGUGUCUCACGAUCCCUGCCUAAACUGCUGGUUAACCACUAGCCUUCCAUAGACUAGUUGAUCCCACGAUGCUUUCCCAGAUCAUCGCAGAUGUUUUUACAGUGGGACGGUCAGAGAUUGCCCACCACUUCCACAGAGAACGAGAGGACCCCUUUAGUA